AUGGUGAUGAGAAUGAGGAAAGUAGUGAGAAUGUUGUUGGUGGUGUUUAUGAAUGUGAUGAUGAUGGUAGUGAAUGCAGCAAAUUCACAUGAUUACGGGGAAGCAUUGACAAAGAGCCUUUUGUUCUUUGAAGGCCAAAGGUCUGGCAAGCUACCUCCUUCUCAGCGCAUCACAUGGCGAAUGGACUCCGCUCUUCUUGAUGGCUCUGAUCUUCAUGUGGAUUUGGUGGGUGGUUACUACGACGCCGGAGACAAUGUGAAGUUCCACUUUCCAAUGGCAUACACAACCACCAUGCUAGCUUGGGGAGUUCUUGAGUUCGGCGAGUUCAUGAGCUCUGACUUACAACACGCUCACGAGGCCAUUAGAUGGGCAACUGACUACUUCCUCAAAGCCACCAGCGUCCCCGGAGUUGUGUACGCUCAGGUCGGCGAUCCCUACGGCGAUCACAACUGCUGGGAAAGGCCCGAAGACAUGGACACCCCUCGAACAACCUAUGCCGUGACGGAGAACAAGCCCGGCUCCGAAGUUUCCGCCGAGAUUGCAGCUGCUCUGGCUGCCUCUUCCAUGGUGUUUUAUGGUUUUGAUCGUCGCUACUCCAAAUUGCUUCUUCGGAGGGCUUCCAGGGUUUUUUUAUUUGCAGAUAAGUUUCGAGGAUCUUACAAUGACGGUCUUGGGCCAGCAGUGUGCCCAUUUUAUUGUAGUUGCAAUGGCUAUCAGGAUGAAUUGAUAUGGGCAGCAGCAUGGUUACACAAAGCCACUAAAGCAACUUACUAUUGGAAUUAUGUUACUCGGAACAUACAUAGUUUAGACUCUGUUUUUGCUGAAUUUGGAUGGGAUGCUAAGCACGCUGGAAUCAAUAUACUUCUUUCUAAGGUAAUUAUGUCAAUGCACUCAUUUUAUUUUGUGUUAGAUUCCAGUCUAUUUCGUACAAACGCAGACAAGUUUGUAUGCAGUGUAUUGCCUGAAUCACCGACCAAAAGCGUAACAUAUUCUCCAGGUGGACUUCUGUUCAAAGCAGGAGGAGGCAAUAUGCAACAUGUAACAACUCUGUCCUUUCUUCUAAUCGUCUACUCUCGCUAUUUGAAUGGUCAUGGCAAUAUAUCUAUUGUUCAUUGUGAUAAUGUUGCUGUCAACUUACCAAAGUUAAUAUAUGUAUUGAUGCAGGUGGAUUAUAUAUUGGGGAACAACCCGUCAGGUAUGUCAUACAUGGUGGGAUAUGGAAACAAGUUCCCUAGGUAUAUCCAUCAUAGGGGAUCUUCAUUACCUUCCAUUGAUAAACAUCCAGAGCACAUCAACUGUGAAGAUGGAAGGUCAUAUUUUGCAAGCAACCGACCUAAUCCCAACUUGCUAAUAGGUGCUAUUGUUGGAGGCCCUGAUAUCAAUGAUUCAUAUAACGAUUCUCGCGCUAAUCCUGCUCACUCUGAGCCGACCACGUAUAUAAAUGCACCAGUUGUUGGUAUUUUAGCAUAUUUCAAAUCGGUUAUGAGGAGAGUGGAAGUUGGUUAG